GAAGGUCGGAAGUGUUUGUAAAUACUAGAACACCUGUUUUUGAUAGUUUCCAAGGUCAGUCGCAUUUCAAACUGUAGAAAAGUUAUCAUCAACGGAUAUAUGCUUAUGGUUAUUUCGGCCAACUCAAUAAUGACUAUAUGAUCCUAGAUUUUUCAACCAAUUCCAAUACGUUUAUGUACUACUUUGUUCUCAUCAUGCAGAAGCGCAUUUUAUUCGAAGCUAACUCAAUGAAUCCAUUUUUCAGAUGUCAUAUAUCCGGCGCUUCGAACAUAUCCUUGGUCAAAUCGAAUCUUCUUCACACUCAAGUUGUGAAAUUAUCUACAUCUCAACAGUUGACACAUUUGGAAUUCAUGUACGAAAAAAUGUGUUCGAGAAUCUUGUACCGGUUUUUAAUAUUUCGCAUAUUUAUAUCCAGCGAGCAAGAUUUUAAAUUUGAUCUAAAGUUUUCUACCAACGAAAGAAGACCACUUAUCUUCACUUUUUCUACAAAGAUUCAGUCUAUAACCAUCAAGAAGUUUACUGUGAUGGUUCCUUUGUCCACGGUUCUAAGAUCAGCGUGGUUAAAUCUUACGAUUGAUUUGUUUUCUUUUAUACACGACUUAAAUGUUCAAAAUGGCCUUAAGAAGCUACAAACCAUCACGGUCUACCCAUUUUGCUAUUUGUCCGAGCUUUCAGUCACUUCAUCCUCCAUCAGUGAUGUUUCCAUUCUCGAUAAUCUUCAAACUUCAGAAAAUAACACGCCAGAAAUUUACCAGGUUCUGAACGUUCCGAAAAUUCGUUUGAAUGAAUGGAGAAGAGCUGAACGGAUAAAUUUACGAGGGAGUGAAAACUCAAAGAAUCUUUUAAAGGUAUCACAAUUAACUACAGGUGGUGACCAAUCAUGUACGAAAUCAUCUCAUUCCUCAUCAGUAGAGGGUGAGAAAUGCAUUUUAGGAGGACAAAAUUCCGAAAGGAAACGAAUAUCUCUGCAAAUUAACAGGGUUUGCAUUAAUGAACAGAGUUCUACAGGUUUUAAUAAAGUACCUACUGGUUCAGAUGUUUCUAAAGAUCCAAGAAGUUUUAGCGCCGGUGCCAUUUCCAAUCGUCUAACUAAUACUGCCAAAAAUUCUACAAGUUUAUUGUAUUAUCCAGAACAAAAUAUCAAUUCAAAUCAACUAAAAGUUAUGAAUAAUAUGAAAUCAGAAAUAGAGCAGUCCUAUCAACAGCAAUAUGAUAUAGAAAAACAAUAUCAGUCCAUUCGUUUAGGCGGUUUAUAUUUAUUUAAUAGUCUACCUCAACCUGCACCAAGCUUUUUCACGCAAACAUGUAUUAAAGAAAUCGAAACUAAAGAGAUCGAUGAAAAAUUAGAGAAUAAGGACAUUGUAAUCUGCUCAAAAAGUCCUUAUUUACAACGUAUUAGUAUAGAUCAUCAUUCGUUAAAAGAAUUAACUGAUGCAGAUUUGAAAUUUAAAGUGAUUAUGGCAUCUACUACAUAUCAUUUAAAUAAUGAUACUCCUUUAUCAAAUGAAUAUACCAUCUUGGGACCAAAUGAGAAUUUAUUAGAAAAAACCGACUCAUAUAAAUCUAAUGAAAAUGAUGAAAAUAAUAAAAUGGUUUGUACACCACCUCCUAUCGAUUUAGCCGGAUAUGAACAAUCUGAUGAUUUAUCCGCCAGUUUUGAAGAGUCACUUUUAGCUAGUCUUAAACAAGCAGUACUUGGUGAAGCUAUAGAACCUGAUUUACAGUUUUUAUCAUCAUCAAAACAACAAAUGACCAGUAAUAAUCAUAAUAACAAGUUAAGAAAAACAAUUAAAACACCAAUGACAAAUGUGAAAUAUCCACGUUCUGAAAUAUCAAAACCAAUACCAGUACCAUCACAAAGUCCAUCAUUAAAUCCUCUUAAAAAGAACAUGUUAAAUACAAUUGAAAAUGAAAAAUGUGAUAUUGUGAUUGCACUUCAAAAACAAAUAUUAAAUGUCAGCUUCAGUGACAAUGAUGAUUACAAUGCGGGCGAUGAUACCACUACAACCGAUGGUUUAGGAUCAUUAAUUUAUUUACGUUAUCACUUGGCACGUCAUCAUCAGCAUUACGAACAUGAAGAUCAACACCUAGUUCAUGAAAGCUGUGAUGGUCAUUUACCAGUGGGUAUGAAUCACCAGUUAUUAACAAAAUCAAAGAAAAGCACUUGUCAACAAGAUAGUUACACGUGUAGAAAUGAAAAUGAUCCUGCCAUACUUACUCCUUCUCGUGCGUCAUCGUUGGUUCAUCAACGUACACACAGUACAGAUGAUGUAUCACAAUUAAUUACAGGUUUUGAAUUGUCCAGUCAUUGGGGUACUGAAACAGCAAACUCAUCUAAUGAAAGUAUAUCAUAUUCAGUAUGUGAAAGUAUUACAUCACCUUUGCCUCAAUCAUAUCAACUUGUACAACAUACAUCUUCUGUUAAUCACAUAAAAUUACAAAAUACUGUGUCAGUUAAUAAAGAACUGGUCAAUAGUAAUAAUAAUAAUAGUUCUGACAAACUAUUUGAUAUAAAUUCAAAUCAUGGGCUUAUCGAAUUAAUUUAUGAUCCAAUAUUGAAAUGUUACUAUGAUCCUAAAUCUGGACGUUUUUAUGAAUUAAUCUGAUGAGCUCUAGAAUAGAGAUAAUAUGAAGAGAGAAAUAGAGAAUGCUAUUGCAUAUAGAUAAUAUUUAUCAUGAUAAUUGUACUACUGAUGUAAUAUUUUUGUUUUGUUCACCAUGUAGCUUUGUGGAUAUUUUUUUAGUUGCACAUUGUUACUUCUAGUACACGAGUAUUUUUGUUAAAUAAAUAAGAAAUACUACUUCUAAUACAAUUACUACUGUUAAAGUCACUAUCAGUAAUAUUUUCUUUAUAGUUUCCAGAACAUUCUUUUUAUACUUAUUCCUUCUAAGCAUAGACCUUUUUUAACUGUGAUUAUGAAUCAAAAGAUGUUGAGGAUUUAGUCUUCAGUAAAAAUUUAAUGUCUGUCUUAAUUUAUGUAUCAUAGAAAUUAUUUGUAAAUAUGUCCGAUUUCAUUAAUUAUUGUAAAUAUAUUGAAAUACUGAUAUUUUCAAAUAUCAGCAUUGUACUUAUAAAAUCUGUAAAGAAGAAAUAUAAUGUACGAUUUGUAACUGAUUAAAAGGUUGUUUUUCUACGUGACAGAUGAAACGAUUAUUGUAAACUUAUAAUUAUUGAAAGGCUAUUUCAUCUUAUUCACUCUCCAUGGCGUAUACAGAUGUAGAAGCGAGUGGAGAAAGCUUGGGGUUCUAUUAUAGUCAAAGUAGUCCGAGAAAUACUUACUGCUUAUUUCGGUGAAUUACUCAAAUGUUACUACUGGCUAGUUGUUUUUUUUGUUGUAUGAGCUUCAUUCUGAGCCUUGUGUAACUACUUGAUAUUUAGUAAUUUAAAUGUAAUCACAAUAUUGUGUACACUGAUCAUAAUAAUAAUUCCAAUUUCCUUCAA